GCUGGCGGAAGCGGAAGCGGUGAAGGCGGCGCAAGAUGGCGUACCAGACGUUCCGGCAGGAGUACCUGCAAGUGCCGCCCGUGACGCGGGCCUACACCACGGCCUGUGUCCUCACCACCGCCGCCGUGCAAUUAGAGCUCAUCACACCGUUUCAACUGUAUUUCAACCCCGAAUUAAUAUUUAAACACUUCCAAAUAUGGAGGUUAAUUACAAACUACUUAUUUUUUGGACCGGUUGGCUUUAAUUUUUUAUUUAACAUGAUUUUUUUAUAUCGUUAUUGCCGAAUGCUGGAGGAAGGCUCUUUCCGAGGUCGGACGGCAGAUUUUGUAUUUAUGUUCCUUUUUGGUGGACUUUUAAUGACUCUUUUUGGUUUGUUUGUAAACUUAGUGUUCUUGGGUCAGGCAUUCACAAUCAUGCUUGUGUAUGUGUGGAGCCGCAGGAAUCCAUAUGUUCGUAUGAACUUUUUUGGUCUUCUCAUCUUCCAGGCCCCAUUUCUACCUUGGGUACUCAUGGGCUUUUCGCUGCUCUUGGGAAACUCCAUUAUUGUGGAUUUAUUGGGGAUUGCAGUUGGGCACAUAUAUUUUUUCUUAGAAGAUGUCUUUCCCAAUCAGCCAGGGGGAGGAAGACUUCUCAGAACACCCUCUGUUUUGAAAGCAAUAUUUGACAUGCCAGAAGAUGAUCCCAAUUACAAUCCACUGCCAGAAGAGCGACCAGGGGGUUUUGCAUGGGGGGAAGGUCAGCGCCUUGGAGGCUAAUAAAUGGCCAUGCCAACACCCAGACACAAGCUGGGAGGAACUAAACUGAAGUACCAUAUUGGAGAGCCUCUUGCUACCUUGUUGCAGAAAGGACAUUUGACAGCUUUAUGGUUCUGAGUACAAGCACUUUAUGAAAUGGCUGUCUAAUUCAAGACAUUACCAGAAGACUACCUGUGUCCCUCCCCAUCAGGGGUUUUGCCAUGCUGGCAGUGAAAGUAUAAUCUAGUGGAGUCAACAACAAUUACAACUGGAAACCCUUUCCUGUCAGCUCCAGUUAACAAGACCAUCAAUAACUUGUUUAAACAUUUCUAAAAGCAUUUUUCAAGCUAUUUGAUACAGGAGACUGUAUGGGAAACUUUCAAGGGGACAAAAUAAAAACAUUUUGAUUUUAA